GAUGUGUGCCGCACACCGGCAGAUUAGCCCGGCUCAACGCGCUCUGCAGACACUGUGAACGACCCGGUUCAUUGCGCCCUAACGGAGGCUCUGCUCAAACAACCACCUGCUCUAUUUGUCCUCUUUUUUUCCCCGGGAUCUAAGCGGCUCUUCAGUCUCUAAGGAAUGCCCAGAGAGCUGACCCAGAACAGGAUCCAAAAGAUCUGGAUUCCCACCAAAGAUGACAAGCCGGCACCCCGGAGAGCAGCUGGCGCCCCCUUCGUCAACCCCCCCACCGUCAUCGUGAUGGUGGGCCUUCCCGCUCGAGGCAAGACGUACAUGUCCAAGAAGCUAACCCGAUACCUCAACUGGAUCGGCAUGCCCACCAAAGUCUUCAAUGUGGGGGAGUACCGCAGGGAGGCGGUCAAGAACUACAGCUCCUAUGACUUCUUCAAGCCCGAUAAUGACUGUGCCGUGAAAAUCAGGCAGCAGUGUGCCUUAGCAGCCUUGAGGGAUGUCAGGUCCUAUUUGAAGGACGAGGGAGGCCAAGUGGCGGUCUUUGAUGCCACAAACACGACAAGAGACAGGCGAGAGAUGAUCCUCAAGUUUGGCACUGAGAACGGCUUCAAGAUCUUUUUCAUCGAGUCUGUGUGCGACGACCCCAGCGUCAUCGCGUCAAACAUCAUGGAAGUGAAGGUGUCGUGUCCAGACUACCGGGACUGCAACAAGACUGACGCCAUGUUGGAUUUCCAGAGGAGAAUUGAAUGCUACAAAACCAGCUACCAACCCCUGGACCCUGAUCAGCAUGACAGGGAUCUCUCCUUCAUCAAGGUGAUAGACGUGGGUCGGCGUUACCUCGUCAACCGGAUCCAGGAUCACAUCCAGAGCAAGAUUGUCUACUACCUGAUGAACAUCCACGUCCAGCCGCGAACCAUCUACCUGUGUCGGCACGGAGAGAGCACCGACAACCUGGAGGGACGGCUGGGCGGCGACGCGGGCCUCUCGCCGCGAGGCAGACAGUUUUCGACUGCCCUGGCUCGGUUUGUGGAGGAGCAGCAGCUGAAGGACCUGAAGGUUUGGACCAGCCAGCUGUGUAGCAGCAUCCAGACCGCCGAGCACCUGGGGGUCCCGUACGAACAGUGGAAGGCUCUCAACGAGAUAGACGCUGGAGUGUGUGAAGAGAUGACGUAUGACGAGGUGAAGGAGAAACUCCCGGAAGAGUUUGCUUUGAGAGAUGAAGAUAAAUUCUACUAUCGCUACCCUGCUGGAGAGUCCUACCAGGACCUGGUCCAGAGGGUGGAGCCGGUCAUCAUGGAGCUGGAGAGGCAAGAGAACGUCCUGGUUAUCUGCCACCAGGCCGUCAUGCGCUGCCUGCUGGCCUACUUCCUGGAUAAGAGUGCAGAUGAGAUGCCCUACCUAAAGUGUCCCCUCCACACAGUGCUGAAGCUCACCCCGGUCGCCUAUGGGUGCAAAGUGGAGUCCAUCUAUCUGAAUGUGGAGGCAGUGAACACCCACAGAGACAGACCAGAGGAGGUGAAGAGGGGCCCUGGCACAUUGAUCAGGAGGAACAGUGUGACUCCUCUGACCAGCCCUGAGUCAAACAUCAAGAAACCUCGCAUCGAUGACCUAGACGAGGCCCCGAUCCAGGAGCUGCCCCCAUCUGUCGCCUCACUGGCGCUCUGCAGCCCCGCACACCUCCCUCUCGGCCUGGCUGGACAGCAUUGGCUGGGCAAAGUUUGCCUACGAACCAUCCUCCAAUAUCUGAAAGUGGUUUCACUCUUAGUCUUUCAAAGAACCUGAAGAGAAACUCAUCCGGCCGCCAUGACGUCCUGCAGUCCUGCCAGUGAAAGCGCACCGAUGUGUGACGUAGCUCAAAGAGGCCAGAAAGUGGAUCGCUGACAAAGACUCACUGAAGACAAUAACAUGAAGUUAUUGUACCUUUUAUUGUUCACAGAGGACUGUGGUUUGAUUGCUGUCCUAUCAGAUAUUUAUGUUCAAAGAUAUGUCAUUUCAAAGCAAGGCUCUUAAAUUCUCCUUUUCUUGCUGUUGUUAGACAUUUUCUUUCUCUCUGAGACUGAUGAAUCUGUGUUUUCUGGGAAACUUAACAUCACAUGUAUUAAUUUAUUCAGACUAAAAGAGGCAAACCGUGACUCCUUUAAAUCAACAGUUAUUCCAGUUACAGCUCACAGCUCAGAUGGCCGGCUCUCUGGGAAACCAGUUUCUUCUGGUUUGAUAUUUUGGAGAGACCAACCCUCAUGCCUAGAUAACACUUUCAGCUCAUCCUUUUUUUCAACUUAUGGUUGCACUGUUGAUUUAAAAGAGGAUAUAGUAUUUAGUUUACAUUGUAAACUCUUUGGCACUUCUUUGGAAGCACUGGAAUUUUUCAUGUUCCUUUAAAAAAAAAAAAAAAAAAA